GAGUGCAGUCUUUGGAGAUGCUCAAUGGCGUAAUGUGCGAUCUACGCUCCGGCACACCACUGGAGAGGAACCGAUAAGAAAUGAGCCUGUGCGCGAAUAACAAGUUAAACAGAGACAUCUCAGGUCCCGGGAACAGAAAUGAGAGCCAGGACUAUUUACUCAUGAGUGCAGACUUUUCAGAAGAAAGCCACGCCGAAUAUUAUGGAUAUUAUCAUGGAAGGAGCAAUGGUGACAGACAUGUUGCUUUACGUCAGACAAUGGCAAAAGGCAGGAGACAGGCAAUUCGCGGCCCAGCAUACAUGUUUAAUGACCGCUCCAAUAGCCUGACUCCUGAAGAGGAAAGAUUUUUGGAUGCUGCCGAAUAUGGAAACAUUCCUGUUGUGAGAAAAAUGCUGGAGGAGUGUCAUGAUCUUAAUGUAAAUUGUGUGGAUUACAUGGGACAGAAUGCACUGCAACUUGCUGUUGCCAAUGAGCACUUGGAAGUCACUGAGCUAUUACUAAAUAAAGAGAACUUGGCCAGAAUUGGGGAUGCUCUUCUUCUGGCCAUCAGCAAAGGAUAUGUCAGAAUUGUGGAAGCCCUACUGAGCCACAAGGCUUUUGCUGAAACUAAAAGGCUAACUACAAGUCCUAGCCAGGCUGAAUUACAACAUGAUGACUUCUUUGCUUAUGAUGAGGAUGGCACACGUUUCUCUCACGAUGUAACCCCUAUUAUCUUGGCAGCUCACUGCCAUGAGUAUGAGAUAGUCCACAUACUGCUACGAAAGGGAGCCCGGAUUGAAAGACCCCAUAACUAUUUUUGCAAAUGCAGUGCUUGCAGUGAUAGUCAACGGCAUGACUCUUUCAGCCAUUCCAGGUCACGAAUCAAUGCUUACAAAGGUCUGGCUAGUCCAGCAUACUUAUCCCUAUCCAGUGAAGAUCCUGUACUUGUUGCUUUGGAACUCAGUAAUGAGCUGGCUCUGUUAGCUAACAUAGAAAAGGAGUUUAAGAAUGAUUAUAAAAAGCUAUCUAUGCAAUGCAAAGAUUUUGUCGUGGGUCUUCUUGAUCUCUGUCGCAACACAGAAGAAGUUGAAGCCAUUCUGAAUGGGGACAGCGACAUAAAUCACAGCACUGGAAAAGACAACCGUCCCAGCCUUAUCCGCCUAAAACUUGCCAUUAAAUAUGAAGUUAAGAAGUUUGUAGCUCAUCCCAAUUGUCAACAACAGCUUCUUUCCAUCUGGUAUGAAAAUCUCUCAGGACUCCGUCAGCAGACAAUGGCAGUGAAAUUCUUAGUGGUUCUUGCAGUAGCCAUAGGGCUACCAUUCCUAGCUAUAAUAUACUGGGUAGCACCAAGCAGCAAGCUUGGGAAAUUAUUGCGUGUUCCUUUCCUGAAAUUUGUGGCUCAUGCUGCCUCAUUCACCAUUUUUCUUGGGUUGCUGGUUAUGAAUGCUGCUGACAGAUUUGAGGGAACCAAGAUUUUACCAAAUGAAUCUGUGACUGAUAACCCAAGGCAGAUUUUCAGAAUGAAAACAACCCGAUUCUCCUGGAUGGAGAUGCUGAUUAUUUCCUGGGUUAUUGGGAUGAUUUGGGCAGAAUGUAAAGAGAUUUGGUCACAAGGCCCACGAGAAUACCUCCAUGAACCCUGGAACUUACUUGAUUUUGGAAUGUUGGCUAUUUUUGUGGCCUCUUUUAUUGCCAGAUUCAUGGCCUUCUGGCAUGCCUGCGAAGCUCAGAGCUAUGUAGAUAAGCAUGUAAAGAACUUGGAUAAUGCCACUCUUCCCAAGGAUGUGAAGUACUAUACAUUUGCAAGAAUAAAAUGGCUUCCAUCAGAUCCGCAACUUAUCUCAGAAGGGCUUUAUGCAAUUGCAGUGGUUUUGAGUUUUUCCAGAAUUGCAUAUAUCCUACCAGCCAAUGAGAGCUUUGGACCUCUACAAAUAUCACUUGGAAGAACAGUGAAAGACAUUUUUAAAUUCAUGGUUAUAUUUAUCAUGGUUUUUGUGGCCUUUAUGAUUGGAAUGUUUAAUCUUUACUCAUACUACCUAGGAGCAAAACAAAAUGAUGCCUUUACAACAGUUGAAGAAAGUUUUAAAACACUUUUCUGGGCAAUAUUUGGAUUAUCAGAAGUUAAAUCUGUUGUGAUUAAUUAUAGCCAUAAAUUCAUUGAAAAUAUUGGCUAUGUCCUGUAUGGAGUUUACAAUGUGACCAUGGUUAUCGUCCUAUUGAAUAUGCUGAUUGCAAUGAUCAACAACUCCUUUCAAGAAAUAGAGGAUGAUGCUGACGUGGAGUGGAAAUUUGCCAGAGCUAAGUUGUGGUUUUCUUAUUUUGAGGAGGGUCGGACGCUGCCAGUGCCCUUUAAUCUUGUUCCAAGUCCCAAAUCCAUCAUCUCUUUACUUAUACGAAUAAAACAUUUUGUAGUGGUGCUGGUCCGAUGCCAUAAAGAUGAUAAGAAGGUGGAUGCUGAAUUAAAUGAGCUUGGCCAAGACAACCAAUCAAAUAGCAGAACACCAACAAUGUCCUCACGAUACCAGAAAAUCAAGAAACGACUCAUCAAACGGUAUGUGCUGAAAGCACAAAUUGAUAAAGAAAGUGAUGAAGUCAAUGAAGGAGAAUUAAAAGAAAUCAAACAAGAUAUUUCCAGUUUAAGGUACGAACUACUGGAAGAAAAAUCCCGUAACACAGAAGAUCUUGCUGAACUUAUUAGACGGUUAGGGGAGAAAUUAUCAGUGGAGCCCAAACAUCAAUGACAGAUGGAUGUAGAGACUGGCAUGUCAGAUAAAAAUUAUUUAAGCCAUAUGUUCUUUGCUUACACAUAUAAUGAUCUGUUAUAUUCUGUUUUUUUUAAACAUUUCCUCAUGUAUUAUUUUUGUUUUUUCACCUAUUUCUCAGGCAAGACACAAGCCUAAAUGUGUUAAGUAAUACAUAAGUCUGA